AUGACCAAGAUUCUAUGUGUUGCCGAGAAGCCGUCCAUAUCAAAAGCUGUCGCGGGCCAUCUGUCGGGAGGACAGUACCAGACGUACAUCAAAAACUAUGCGUUCACUUUUGACUUUGGACCGCCAUAUGGCAGUUGCGAGGUGACAAUGACCUGCGUGACUGGCCACAUGACAGCGAUGGAAUUAAGCUCUGAGUUCAAGGACUGGAAAUAUCCUCCACCAGAGCGUCUGUUUGAUGCGCCUGUGCAGACCAUUGUCCCAGAUGACAAAAAGACCAUUGCGGAAAACAUUGAGCGCCAGGCCCGUUAUUCGCGCGCUGUCUUCAUAUGGACGGAUUGCGAUCGCGAAGGCGAGCACAUUGGCAGUGAAAUACGAGAUGCUGCCCGUAAAGGAAAGCCUACGAUUGAAGUUCGUCGGGCACAUUUCAGCAAUAUUGAGCGCGCACACAUCCUGAACGCGGCGCGGAGUCUUGUUGCUCUGGAUGAGAGACAGGUCGAUGCUGUAUCUACUCACAUCGAACUCGACUUGCGCAUUGGUUUUGCGUUUACAAGGUUUCUAACCAACAAUCUACGGGCCUUGGGCGGGCCACUUGCUGAGCUCGUCCUAAGCUAUGUUAAGCACACCAAAGACAAAGCCACUGCCUCGUUCACAUGGGCCCGCGGACACCUUUUUGACCGCGCAUCCGUGAUCGUCCUAUAUGAGCGGUGCCUGAAAGCCAAGAAAGCCGAGGUGGUCAAGGUCCAGGAGAAGCCAAUCAAGCGGAUGCGUCCGCUGCCGCUGACCACGGUCACGCUGCAAAGCAUGGCCACGCGCUUCCUCCACGUUACGGGUCAGCAGGCCAUGACGAUGGCCGAAACGCUGUACAACAAGGGCUUCAUCAGCUAUCCACGAACAGAAACAGACCGGUUCGACAAAGGUAUGAACCUACGUGCCCUCGUCCAGAAACAGACACAGGACCCGCAGAGAUGGGGAGCGUUUGCACGUGGGCUUUUGGACGAGGGCAAGUUUCAAUGGCCUCGGAGCGGACAGCAUGACGACAAAGCCCAUCCACCCAUCCACCCAAUCACGUACGCUGCACCUUCUGUUUUGGGCCCGGACGAGGGCCGCCUGUACGAGCUUGUGGUGCGGCGGUUCCUGGCAUGUUGCGCCGAUGAUGCGAAAGGCAUGGCUUCGGACGUGGAGAUCGCCUACGGCAGCGAGCGCUUCAAGGCCCACGGCGUGCACGUGCUGGAACGAAACUAUCUGGACGUGUACCCAUACGAGAACUGGACGGACACGGCAGAGCUCCCACCAUUUGUGGUCGGUGAGAUAUUCACGCCUACUGAAGCGGUCAUGGCAGAGGGCAAAACAGCAGCUCCCGGGUAUCUGACAGAGGCAGACCUGAUCGCGUUGAUGGACGCAAACGGCAUUGGCACAGAUGCGACCAUGGCGGAACACAUUCAGAAGAUCCAAGACCGGAACUACGUGCAGACGGUACAGUCGUCAACAGGCCAGCAAAAUGGGGGCACUGACGAUGGCGCGGGGGCCGGUGGUGCUGGGGAAGCCCGCGGUGGACGAGGGGGACGAGGAGGGCGUGGAGGGCGCGGCAGCAGUCGCGGUGGUCGAGGCGGAAGCCGAGGGGGAGGCCGUGGAGGCCAACGCGUGUUUGUGCCUACGCAGCUUGGCGUGGCGCUUAUCGAAGGUUUCGACCGCAUGAACUUUGAGACGAGUCUGGGGAAGCCGUUUCUCCGAAAGGAGAUGGAGCUGCAGAUGAAGGCCAUCUGUGAGGGCCGAACGACGAGGGCAGCCGUGUUGCAGGAAAACCUGAGGCAGUAUCGCCGUGUGUUUGAGCAGUCGUCAGAGCGGCUGGAUGUUCUGAAAGCAUCCUGCAGGCAGUACAUAUUCAAUGGAGGAGUGGCAGCGCCUUUGUGA